AUGCCCGUUGCUGUGGCCAAGUACGCUCCAGUUGUGGCCGAAGAGGAGGAAGAUGCCAUUGAAUUGCCGCCUCUAAAUGGCACUACUACUGCAUGUAGUGGUGACGACGAAGACGACUAUCAUGACAAGUGUGACGGAGGACUGUUUUCGGACAACAACAUUCAUAAAUCUUUGUUGCUGUAUCGACGUGGCAAUGUGGCCGUGCCGCUCAACUACUUUUUGGUUGGGAUGGUGCAAGGCUUUGCGUAUCCGUUGAUGAACGUCUAUCCACUGGCGUUGGGAGCUUCCGAGGCUCAACAGACGACACUGCUGACGCUCAAGGGGCUUCCCAGUUGCUUCAAGAUUCUCUUUGGCAUGCUCAGUGAUCACGUGCCGCUCUACGGAUUGCGACGCAAACCCUAUCUCUACAUUGGAUGGUCCUUCUCCUCUCUCAGUCUCAUCCCGCUCUUGCUCUGUUCCGAUUUGACCUUGUUGUCCAACACGAAUGAUGAUCAAGACUUGGUAGACACAACCACCAAUACUACGACGACGACGACAACGUCUUCUGCUUCCCACUGGACGGUCCCCGCCAAUGCUCCUUCCAUGGCACUGCUGUGUGCCUGUUUCUUCUCGUGGGCCUGCGGUGUCUGGAUGGCCGACGUCAUGGGCGAUGCCUUGGUGGCCGAACGGGCCAAACACGAAGCGGUCGUCCAUCGUGGCAACACCCAAGCUUUGUGCUAUAUUCUACGUGGAUUGGGAUUCGUCUUGGUGGCGCCUCUCAGCAGUGUCCUCUACAGUUCGUAUUCCAACGGUGCCUGGAUCAUUGUGGCCGCUACAACCGUGGUGCCACUCUUUCAUGUUCCCGCCAUUAUAAUGUUGCAAGAAAUUCCUCCCACAGUCCUCUUGCCCGCCCACGAACAAUUGCAAGCAUUGUGGAAUACCGCCUGUUCUCCGGCGGUUUGGCAACCCAUGGGAUUUAUUUUCCUCUAUUUGUCUUGCUUUGUCACCAACAGUGCGUGGAAACAGUUUUUGGAGACCUGUCUGCACUUUACACCCAAUCAACUCAACGCUUUGAUGAUCCUAGUGGGGAUCAUGGCAUUUGGAGGCAUCGUUCUCUACAAAGUGGUCUUCUACAAGACCAGUUGGAGGACUCUGUACAUUAUCAGUAUUGCUGCCAAUGGAGUCUUCUCGGCGUUGCAACUGCUAUUGAUUUACGACAAGACGUUUGGACUACCGCCCUUUGUCUUUGCCUUGGGCGAUGAAGCGGCCAAGGAUUUCAUACUGGGCGUGCAGUAUCUCCCCAUGGUCACCAUGAUGGUUCAUUUGGUACCUGCCGGUAUUGAAGGAGCCAGUUAUGCGCUCUUUACCACCACGUGGAAUGUCGCAUCCUCCUUGGCGGAUUCCAUCUCCACCAUGUUGCUCGGGAUUUGGGACGUGUCCAAGGAGACGCUGGCACAAGGCGAUUGGUCGGGGUUGGUGCGUCUCGGCAUUUUGACCACCGUCUUGCAAACGCUGCCACUCGUGGCGGUUGGACUCUUGCCCCAUUCGGUAGAUGAUUUGCAACAAGAACAACAACGACGAACAACCGACCCAAACUACUACCACAGGGGUGCUGGCAUGACCUAUCUACUCGUGGUGGCGCUGGCAUUGGCAUGGACGAUUUUUGUGGAUGUCAUGAAUAUUGUCUCGCCGGGAUGGAUGGGGGAGAGUUAG